UCCAGGCCCUUCCUUUUUUUACCGACCCUGAGCAAUAAAAAUGGCCGCUAGCGAGGAAGUCCCUUUUCCUGACUAUCUCAGCCACUGUGGAGAGCCAGACAAAUCCUGCAAGGAUUUCAUCAUGCAGCAAACUAUGAUGAGAGUUAAGGAUCCCAUGAAAUCACUGGAUUUCUAUACUAGAAUAUUAGGAAUGAGGUUGCUUAAUAGAUUAGACUUUCCUGAGAUGAAAUUCAGUCUUUAUUUUUUGGGUUAUGAAAAUGCAGAGGACAUACCAACUGACAAAGAUGAAAGGCACAGUUGGACCUUCUCAAGAAAGGCAACAAUUGAGCUCACACAUAACUGGGGGAGUGAGACUGAUCCCAACGUAACAUAUCACAAUGGCAAUACAGAUCCAAGAGGAUUUGGGCAUAUUGGUAUAUCUGUUCCUGAUGUUUACAAAGCCUGUGAGAGAUUUGAAGCCCUUGGGGUUGAAUUUGUAAAGAAACCUGACGGAGGUAAAAUGAAAGGGCUGGCUUUCAUUAAAGAUCCCGAUGGCUAUUGGAUUGAAGUCCUUAGUCCGGGCAAUAAAAUAUAAGACAAUAAUUUAAACUUGAUUUUAGAGUGAAAAAUUAUAUUUUGUUUAAAUGAAUGAAUACAAAAUAA